CCGUGCUCUCUUCGCCGAAACAUCCCACCAAUCCCCCGCCCCUCUGCUUCCUGUCGCCGCUCGCUCUGCUCCCCGCCCGAUGGAGUUCUCCCGCCGCGGCCCAGCCACCGACGACCCUCCGCCGCACGGAAGAGGUUCUUCCCUGCAUCACGGGAGGCUCCGAGACCGAGGCAAUCCAUGGAGAGGCAAUGCUGGUGAUGAGGGACGCCCUGCUGUGGCAGCUCCAGAAGGACCACCUUCGCCAGGAGAUCAUCAUGGCCGAGCUGGCCAAGAUAGAGCGUGCCAUGGCCCUGGGCGCUGCGUCCGGUCACCACAGCAUGCCGAUGCCCCGGGACAGCAUGCCGCAGCACAAAGGACCCGUCUUCGGCUGGGAACACUACGCCGACGUGGGUGAGGAAAAUGAUGUCAAACUACCAAGCAACUAUGGAAGGCAGAGUGCAGAGCCCAGAUCUUGGAACCCCAUCGCGGAAGAUCGCGCGGAAAAAUGCUGCAGCCCGUGCAAAUGCAGGGUUGAUCCGGGUGAACAUAACUCGGCAUUUGAUGAACAGAAACCGCGAGAUUCCAGUGAGAAUGUUCCUCCAAAUAAAGCGUCGCCUGCGGAGAAGUGGGAACUGACAGGAAUAACCAUACCAGUUAAGAAGCCGAAGCCACCCAUGAGCCCCAGAAAAAGAAAGAAGCCACCCAUGAGAUGGAGUUGCCCGGGGUGCCAGGUACAAGCAGACUGUGCGCAGGACGUACAUAAGCAUUGUGCCGGGAAGAAGCACCGGUCAAAUAUAGCAAGACUGGAAUCAGGCAUUAAGGCCCUCGGUGGUCAGAAGGCAAAAAAAGCAGCAGAACCUUCUCUUGGUACAUAUCAGAUGAAAACAUCCUUGAUAAGAUGGAGCUGCAGCACCUGCCAGGCCAACGGUACAUGCCAGUCAGACUUGGAGGAGCACCUCAAAGGCACAUGGCAUCAGCAUAACAUCAAUGCCUUAUGCAAAGGAGGCAACAACGAUAUUGUGGAGAACAUUUCACUGCAUGAAGCAAAAUCGCGCGAGAGCAAUGUGCCACAGCAUGCAGAGAAGCCACCUUUAGCAGGUUGCAACAUUUGCCAAGUUAUCUGUGGCCGCGAAUCAGAUCUUGAGAUCCACCUGAAGGGUAAAAGGCACUUAAAGAAGAUUCAAGCUCUAUUCGAAGAAAGCAAUACCAAGGCAAUCAAUUCUGAGUCUCUGAAAGCAAACUUGAACCUGGACAGCGGGCCGCUACAUGUGGAGAAAAUGAACUGUGACCUAGACUUGGAGAACCACGUCAGAGAUGAAAGACGCACACUGAAUGCUCGGACCCUUUGCGAAACAAUCAACCAAGAGGAAAACAGUCCACCAGAAAUUUCCAAAGAACAAACACCAUCCUUGGAAUGGGAUUGCACUAUGUGCCAGGCCAAAUGUGCCUCUAAAGCCCAUUUCGAGAAUCACUGCAUAAGCAGAAAGCAUCAACAGAGGACCCAGGUGAUACUCAGCGAAUGCGAUAUCACGAAAACGGGCAGGACCCAUGCGGUACUCAGCGAAGGCGAUAUCACGAAAAUGGGCAAUAUCCACAUGGAAGCAUCAUGCAAAGAAGGCAGUAACAAUGAUAUGGAAAAGAACGUUGUGUCACAGGAAGCAAAAUCGCAUGAGAGCAAUGUGCCAGAGCAUGCAGAGAAACCACCUUCAGUACAGAGCUGCAACAUUUGCCAAGGUAUCUGUAAUUGCGCACCAGAUUUUGAUAUGCCGCAACAUGUAGAGGAGACGAGUUGCAAAUUAAGCUGGGAGAGCUACCUCAGACCCAGAGACGAGAGUCUCCAACUGAUGGAUGAUUGGGCCCUUCGCGAAAAAAUUAACCAAGAUAAAAGCAAUCCACCAGAAAUGUCCAAGGACCAAAUAUCAUCCUCGGAAUGGGAUUGCGCUACAUGCCAGGCCAAAUGUAACUCUGACCCUCAAACCGAGCAUCACUGUAAAAACGGAAAGCAUCAACAGAAGAUCGAUGUGACACUCCACGAAGGCGAUAUUGCCGAAGUUAGCAGUCUCAAUGCAGCCCUUUGCAAAGAAGACAAUAACAGCCAUAUGGACGUUGCGGCAUGGGAAGCAAAAUCGGAUGAGUGCAUUGUGUCGCAGCAUGUAGAGAAGCCACCUUCAGUAUGGAGUUGCAGCGAUUGCCAAGUUAUCUGUGCCCGCGAAUCAGAUUUUGAGGUCCACCUGAAGCGUGAAAGGCACUUGAUGAAGAUUGGAGCCCUGCUCGAAGAAAGUAAGAACAUGGCAAUAUCCGAGUCACAGAAAGCAAACCUGUACCCGGACAGCGUGCCGCAGCAUGCGGAGAAAAUGAAUUGUGAAUUAGAUUUGGGGAACAACCACGGAGAUGAGAGACACCAACUGAAUGUUUGCUCCCCUUGCAAAGAAAACAACCAAAUGAAAAAAAAUCCUCCAGAAAUUGCCAACGACCAAGAACCACCCUCAGAAUGGGAUUGUGCUAUGUGUCGGGAAAAAUGUAACUCUGAAUCUCAGAUUGAGCAUCAUUGUGAAAGCAGAAGGAAUCAACAGAAGACCGACGUGAUACUCCGCGAAGGCGAUAUUGCGAUAGUGAACAGUCUCCACAUCGUAUCCUCAUGCAAGGAAGGCGAUAACAACAGCACGGGCAUUACACCACAGGAAGCAAAAUCAGACGAGAACAAUGUGCAGCAGCAUGCAGAGAAGCCACCUCCGGUAUGGGAUUGCAGCGUUUGCCAAGUUACGUGUAACCGCGAAUCGGAUUUGGUGUUCCACCUGAACAGUAAAAGGCACUUAAAGAAGUUUCGGGCCCUACUCGAAGGAAGCAAUAAUAAGGCAAUGAAUUCUGACUCACAGACAGCAAACUUGAACCAGGACAGUGUGCCUCAGCAUGCGGAGAAAACAAAUUGCGAACUAAACUGGGAGAGCUACCACAGACUCGGAGACAAGAAACACCAACUCAAUGUUCAGGCCCUUGGCGAAGCAAUCAACCAAGAUAAAAACAGUCCGGCAGAAAAGGACCAGAUGCUGUCCUUGGAAUGGGACUGCGCGAUGUGCCAGGCCAAAUGUAACUCUAAAGUUCAACUUGAGCAUCACUGCACAGGCAGAAAGCAUCAGCAGAAGACCCAGGCUGUACUUGGCGAAGGUGAUAUUGCGGAAAUAAGCAGUAGCAAUGAUAUGGCGAAGAACGUUGUGUCACGGGACGCAAAGUCGCGUGAAAGAAAUGUGCCACAGCAUGUGGAGAAGCCACCUUUAGUAGGUUGCAGCAUUUGCCAAGUUAUCUGUGGCCGUGAAUCAGAUCUAGAGAUCCACCUGAAGGCUAAAAGGCACUUAAAGAAGAUUCGAGCUCUAUUUGAAGAAAGCCAGAAGGCAAUCAACUCAGAGUCUCUGAAAGCAAACUUGAACCGGGACAGCGGGCCGCUACAAGUGGGGAAAAUGGACUGUGACCUAGACUCGGAGAACCACCUUAGAGAUGAAAGACACCAACUGAAUGUUCGGACCCUUUGCGAAACAAUCAACCAAGAGGAAAACAGUCCACCAGAAAUUUCCAAAGACCAAACACCAUCCUCGGAAUGGGAUUGCGCUGCGUGCCAGGCCAAAUGUAUCUCUAGAGCCCAUUUUGAGAAUCAGUGCAUAAGCAGAAAGCAUCAACAGAGGACCCAGGUGAUGCUCAGCGAAGGUGAUAUUGCGAUAGUGAACAGUCUCCACAUGGGAGCAUCAUGCAAAGGCAGUAACAAUGUGUCACAGGAUGCAAAAUCGCAUGAGAGCAAUGCACCAGAGCAUGAGUCACCUCCAAUAAAGAGUUGCAGCAUUUGCCAAGGUAUCUGUAACUGCGAAUCGGAUUUGGAUAUCCACCUGAUGAGUAAAAGGAUCCAAGUUGUCACAGAAGAAUGCAAGAACACGGCAAUGAGUUCUGAGUUACAGAAAGCAAAGUUGAAUUCAAGCGACGUGCCACAACAUGUAGAGGAAACGAGUUGCCAGUUAAACUGGGAGAGCUACUCCAGACGCGGAGACGAGAGUCUCCAACUGGUGGAUGAUCAGGCCCUUUGCGAAAAAAUCAACCAAGAUAAAAACAAUCCACCAGAGAUUGCCAAGGACCAAAUACCGUCCUCGGAAUGGGAUUGCGCUACAUGCCAGGCCAAAUGUAACUCUAAGGCUCAAUUUGAGAAUCACUGCAUGAGCAGAAAGCAUCAAAGGAAGGUUCAGGUGAUGCUCGCCAGAGGCGAUUUGUCGUAAAAAGGUAGUGUCGAGACCGCAGAUGAACUAGCUUCAGAUCAGAUGGCUCGAAUGGCAAGGAUGAACUUCCUUUGGAUGGCUCAAGUAGCAAGAAUGAACUGCCUUGGGAGAAAGUGGAGGAGAACCUUUGAGAGGUCUGCGAUCUGCAGUGCAACAUCGGUGGAACACUGGAACAUCGCCGUGUCCGAAGCUAGGGCUUGUGUUCGUGUAUGCAGGUGUAUGGUUGUUAGGGGAAGUUGCAAACAUGAUGUAUGUAUAUUCAUUCGAAUUAUGUGAUGGCAUUGCAAGAAUCUAAUGUCGUCCAUUUCAGGACAAACUGCUGACUGGUUUACUGUUUUAGGAGUAAUUUUCAAUGAUUCAUGCCAUGUGAUAAUCAGUAUACAUACUGUACGAUCCA